AUGACAAUCACAGUCAUUCUAGGUUCCCAAUGGGGAAAGCUGACCGACAUCCUUGCCUACGAUGCACAACUUUGCGCCCGAGCCGCUUCUUUCAACAACUGCUCACCUUUUCAUAGCUUCCACUUGCUUCCCUCUGGUCUCAUCAACCCAAAAUGUAUGAACUUCAUCGGCUCGGGAGUCGUCUUCCACGUCCCAAGCUUCUUUAAGGAGCUACAGGAGCUCGAGGAGAAGGGUCUUCCCUCGGUACAUGAUCGGAUCCUUGUUUCCGACCGAGUGCACAUCGAUUUGCAGAUGCACGUGGCAGCCGAUGGACUAGAGGAGAGGGAGCUCGGAGAAAAAAAGCUAGGGACAACGAACAGAGGUAUUGGGCCUUCGUAUGCCGUCAAAGCCGCGCGCAGCGGAAUCAGAUUAGCGGAGGUUUUCAACCCCGAGCUGUUUGAGUCUAAGCUCCGACGAUUGGCCGCUGGCUAUCAAAAGCGCUAUGGAGACCUAUUCGAAUACGACAUCGAGGACGAGCUUGCUCGAUUCAACGAGUAUCGACCGAAGUUGGCGAAGUACGUCGUGGACGGCGUGUCGUUCAUCCGGUCAGCCCAGAACAGCAAUAUGAACAUCGUGGUGGAAGGAGCGAAUGCACUAAUGCUCGACAUUGAUUAUGGCUCAUACCCGUUUGUGACCUCGUCUAAUACAACGCUGGCUGGGAUUAUAGGCGGACUCGCCUUGAACCCGAAGAACCUCACAGAGACGAUCGGAGUGGUGAAGGCUUAUGAGAAACUAACUACCUGCGAUAGGAUUGGGACCAAACUCCAGGAGAUCGGCCGAGAAUGGGGAACAUCGACUGGCCGAAGACGCAGAUACCUUGUCGUUGUCAAGUACAGUGCUUCGAUCAACUACUACUCCGCUUUGAAUCUUACAAAGCUCGAUGUUCUAGACACCUUCGAAACGAUCAAGAUCGCCAUCGCCUACAAGGUUGACGGCGAGGAACUGGACUCUUACCCUGCGGAUCUCGACAUCCUAGACCGAGCCGAGGUUGUCUAUCAUGAAAUGCCAGGAUGGCAGAAGCCGACGACUACUGCAAAGUCCUUCUACGACCUCCCUAAGCAGGCUAGAGACUACGUUGAGUACAUCGAGAAUUUUGUUGGAAUUCGGAUCAAAUGGAUUGGUACCGGCCCCGACCGCGAGGCCAUGAUCAAGCGCGCUUAA